AUGAAAUAUCAAUGGUUGGUGUGCUUACUGUUAGUAUGUGGGUCAAUUGGACGUAUAGCCGGGGUUAGUGAUGAGAACCAACUGCUCUAUGAACCAAUAGAAGUGGAUGGUGUAAAGAAAUGGAAAUGUUUGGGGUCAAAUACUUAUAUUGAUUUCGAUCAAAUCAAUGAUGAUAUUUGUGAUUGUCCUGACGGUUCUGAUGAGCCAGGAACUCAUGCUUGUCCCAUGGAAGGUUUAACAUUUCAUUGUUCCAAUAAGGGCCAUUUUGCUCAAGAUAUCCCAAGAUUCAUGGUAGGUGACGGAGUAUGUGAUUAUGAUGUAUGUUGUGAUGGAUCAGAUGAAUAUGUAUCAGGAAAAUGCCCCGAUAAGUGUAAGGAAGUUCAUGAACAAUAUUUGGAAUUCAAGAAGGUUAUUACUGAAGAUAUUCAAAAUGCAAGCAAAGUACAAAACGAAUUGAUUGAUCGAGCUAAAGAUGUUAAGAAGGUUAUAAGAAACAAGUUAGAUGGGUUUGUUUUAGAGAAGCAGAAAACAAUCGAGAGGAUCCCAUUGUUGGAGAAGCAAUUAAAGGCAUCAUUAAGAGCCUCUACUGAUGAUCUGGUGUUCAGUAAAAUCUCUUCAUUCACCACCAGUAUCUCAGCCAAAAUCACUCAAUUGAUUAAUUUCAAUAAUGAAAAUACCCAAAAGAUUCAGGCUUUGGAAAAUAUCUUAUCUGAUUUGAUCACCAAUUAUAAUCCCAACUUUAAUGAUGCAGCAGUGAAAUCGGCUGUCAAUAAUUAUCAAAACUAUUUAUCCAACAAACAAGAAGAUUCCUUCCACCAUGAUAUCGUUGAAGAGAUCGAGAAGUUGAACGAACAUUCUAAGACUUUGAAAAUAACAGGAACCACUCCUACAAUCUCCAAUAUGAUCCAUCAUUAUAUUGAAGGAUUAUUCCGAUUUUUCAGUGAGGAUGAUGUUAUUCCUUCAUCAUCUUCUGAAACCUUGGAAGCAGAGAUCCAAUCAGCUAAAAGGAAACUCACAAAAUUAGAAUCAGAUAUCAAAGAUUAUAAAGAAGAUCUUACUAGAAAUUAUGGUCCCAAUGAUAUUCUUAGAGCCGUUGCUGGGUCAUGGAUCAAUUCUAGAAAUGGUGAAUACGAAUAUAGAGUAGGAUUAUUGGAUUCUGUGUAUCAAGAUAAUAACCAUUUAGGGGUAUAUAAAGAUUUUGAUUCAUCCACCAAUUCCUUGGUUUAUACUGAAGGACAUAGAUGUUGGAAUGGACCAAAAAGGUCAGCUAGAGUAAAAUUGAUUUGUGGUUCAGAAUCAAAAAUCUUACAAGUAAGUGAACCAGAGAAAUGUGAAUAUCACAUUGAUUUAGCAACUCCUCUAGGAUGCCAGGAGUUAACAGAGGAACAAAUCAGGAAGAAAUUCAAAGUUGAUAUGAGUUUAUUUAGUCAAAUGUAA